AUGGACGGACGCAAAUCGGAUGGGUCUACAUUUCCUAUACGUCGUAUUAUCAAGCCUAUUUCAGAGAGCGGUCAGUUUCCCUCUCCUGUGAAAAGAGGACAUAUUUCUGUAGAUAGAAAAAUGAACAUUACGUUUGAUGAAAGCCAAAUGCGUUACCUGAAAAGGCCCGAGGAUCAAAAUAAUGUCAGUUUGAAUUUAGAUGAUGGGUAUGAAGAUAGAGAAGAAAAAUCUGAAGAAUUUUUUGAAAAUAUUGAUCUUAUGAUUAAAUGGAUUUCUGAGAACCUUGCAACGAGCGAACUUAACAAUCUGGUUGUUAGUAGACGUGGCAUUUUAACCGAUAUCAUGUGCACCCCGUUCAAUAAGUAUUCACAUUCUCAAUGGAAAAUUGCAGUUAUUCUUCAACACGGCGCAUAUCACAUAUGUCGUUUUGACAGGAACAAUAAAUGGGAAGAGGUUCAGAAACCACACAAUAGAGUAUGGCAUAAAUCCUAUUACUGGGGAUGGAAAAUGGAGCAGCUUCUAACCGAAAGUAAACCAGAUGAACCAGACUGUACGAAAACGCAGGGGCAACAUGGCAAAUAUCUACUAGUAAAUCAAUUGAACAUAAAUGCACAUUCAUUAGUGUUCAACUGCGAAAUAGACGCAUACGAUGAGAACACCGGCUCAUUUGUUGAAAUAAAAACCAAAAAACAUAUUUCUUCAGCAAAAGAGGACGACAUUUUUAAAAGGUUCAAGUUGUUGCAGUGGUGGGCCCAAAGCCAGUUAGGAGGCGUUAAAGAAAUACUUUGCGGAUUCAGGGAUAACGAAGGGCUCGUGACUAGAAUGGAAUCUUUCCAGACCAGUAGCAUCUCGAACUCUGAGUUGCCAUGGAAUCAAAAAGUGUGUUUCCACUUUCUUGAAAACUUGCUGACAUGGAUCAAGAAACGAGUGUCGGUCACAGGAGAGUUCUCCGAUAACAGAAUUGUUCACCUGUUUGAGAGGUCAGAUGAGGACACAAUCAGCCACAAUACAACAACAGAACCCCGAUACCAGUUUCUGCCCGAACGGUACCUGAAUAUUGGUGAAAAAGGACAUAACCAACAUUGA